AUAUUUUAUAGCUAUCUGGCAGUGGAGAUGGCAGAGGUGAUAUGACAGUUGAUGAACAUGAUGAUGAUUUAUUAGCGUCACCAUCGGGUGAAGGAAGCAGUUAUGAUGCAGAUAGUUUCAAAACAGACUCUACAGCUUUUGGAAAAAUUAAACCAAGAAAACCAAAUCCACCUCCAUUAAUUACUCCUCCUCCUCCUGGACCGAAAGAUGGUACUGACUUUGAUGAUAUUUCUGAUUUCAACGAAGCGCUACCGGGUAUUUCUAGACCGUCUAGUUUACCUGGUCCUCCGGGUCCGAAGGGAGAGAAGGGUGACCCGGGAUUACCUGGACCAAAAGGUGAUCCAGGGGAAAUUACAGAUCUCGUGAUAAACUCUUUAACUUAUUUAAAAGGAGAUAAAGGUGAACCUGGUAUACCUGGAGCAAAGGGUGAAUGUAUAUAUGGUGUAGCAGGACCUGGUUAUGGAGGUGGCGUCAAUAUGAAUUCUAUUGAUUCAGGUUCUGGUGAUCAAGAUGAAUUGAGUGGAACAAGUAGUUAUUUUGGAAUACCAGGUCCACCUGGUAUUCCAGGACCGCCUGGUAUUCCAGGACCACCUGGUCCUGCUGGCUUUUGUCUUUGUAAUAACAUAUCAAAAUCAGAAAUGACAUCAACCGGUGAUGGAAAAGAUGUUGUAAACAACAUUGUUGGAUCUCCAAGUCCACCAGGUGUUAUAUAUGAAGCAGGACCACCAGGUGAGAAAGGAGAAAGAGGUCCACCUGGGUUGCAAGGUCUUCCUGGAGUUAAGGGUGAACCUGGGAAAGAUGGGACACCUGGUAUUGUUGGGCCACCUGGACCUCGUGGAUAUGUAGGUCCUCCCGGACCGCCAGGUCCACCCGCAACACAUCGUGCUAUUUUUGAUGUAAGUAACUUUAAAAAUUUUAUAAUUUUAAAAAUUACUUUUUCAUUUAAUAAAGAUCCAUUGGAUAUUAAUAUCAAUAUUAAUAUUAUCAUAUAA